AUGAAUGUCAAAGGGAUGCGCCGGGUCUCGAGUCUGCGCGACGGCACACCUGCGUAUCCGCAUGUAGAUGUACCCGACGACGUGCUCUACCGGCAUAUUACUGACCAAGUACCCCCCGUGGUGCGCAUGAAACAUCUACUUGACUGGACGUUACACCGCUCGCUGCAGCAGGCGCUUGGCGCGGAAGCAAUGCCCCAAGUAAGCAAGCGGGCGAUGCGCAAGGCGCGGGAGAGUGGGCCGAUGCUGUUUUGUUCUCCUCCGUCGCGUGUUCAGCGACCGCUUUCCGAGCAAGAAAAGCAGCAAUUUGCUGAAGCGGCGCCUACACUGCGCAAAGUGACAGACCACGUUUUGCACGAUUUGAACGAUGGUCUGAUUGGGAUAAGCUGGCUGAGCCAAUCAAGUGAAAUCCGAACGGAAUCGCUCCAGCCGCAUCCACGGAAUCUGUCGAAUACGCACGCGGCUGAGCAGCUUGAAGGGAUGAAGGAGCAGCUGGCGAUGGAGCUCAAGACAUGGAAAGGGCACGAGGAAGAAAUUGCAAAACUGAAUAGUGAAUCGGAUACGCUGGAGUCGCUCGCGUCGCAAUUGCGCGAGCAAUCCACGUCGCGGCGCAAAGCACGCGCAAGUGCAUCGGGUUUUACUGACGAUGGUGAUGAGGAUCAGGCGAUUGCAGACGAGGUCGAGCUUGCCAUGCAUGGAAGUGCCUCGGACGUCAAAAACCUUGCUUGGUCGGUCGCGGACCUGGACGAGCCAACAACAGCACAGCUUGCGUAUGCGAAUGGAGUGCUUGCCUCGACAUGCGCAUUGAAUGAUGCUGUCACUGCGAGGGGACAGGGGCAGCGGUACGUGGACCAAGAUGAUUCAUCGCUGUGCGGCACCGAGGUGGAUCCCCGGCUUUUGUCCUUGGAAACGGUGGUGGACAAGCUGAACAUGUCGCUCUACUCUAUAAGCCAACUGGAUCGCGUCGCCGGCGACUAUAUCAUGCAAGUAUCUGCGCGCGCAGCGCAGGCAUUACAGGAGCGUGCCGCAGCGAGCGAUGCAGGCUUUGUCGCGCGCGCAGAGAGCCGCGGUGCAGAGACCGGUAUUGGGGUCGAGUACGCCGCUGCGCAUCGUUUAGACACCCUACUUGCAAGCAUUCGUGACCCCCAACCAGAUACCAGAGUCGGAUCCGAUUCAGAUCCUUUGAUACAGGUCGAUACGCGCACCAUUCUGCGUGCAUUGGCCGAUGUGCAUAAGUAG